AUGUCUAAAUUUACAAAACCCAAUCAAGUUCCCAGCAAGCUUGUCAAAACAAACCAAGGUGCACCAAUAAAAAAACAAGACUCUGAUUCUGACGAAUUGAGCGAUGUUCCACCUCCCCCCAAAAAAUAAUAAUAACAAAAGGCAGUUGUUGGUACAACUAAAGUAGUUGCUAAAGCACCACAAGUAGAUUCUGAUGAUUAAGAUGAACCAGUUAAGUUGGUAUAAACUGUGAAAAAGGGCAGUUUUGAUGCUACAAAGUCAAACACCACAAAUUAAAAUGUCCCUAAGUAGGCAUAAAAGAAGCCUGUUCAAGAGGAUGAUGAUUCUGAUGAUGUUCCACCUCCCCCAAAGAAAGGAGCAGUGGUUUAAAAAAAGCCUGUUAAAUAAUAGGAUUCUGAUGAGGAAUCAGAUGAUGCCCCUACUCCCCCCAAAAAGGUGACUGCCCCAGUUAAACAAGCUGCUAAACCAGUUGUUUAAACCAAAGUCCCAGUUAAACCAUAAGUUUAACAAGAUGAUUCUGAUGAAGAAUCUAGUGAUGUCCCUCCUCCAAAGAAGCCAGUUGUUGCUACCAAAUAAGUUGCUUCUAAGCCAGUUGUCUAAACAAAGGCCCCUGUUAAACCAUAAGUCCAAGAUGAUUCAGAUGAGGAAUCUGAUGAUGUCCCUCCUCCAAAGAAGCCAGUAGUAGCCACAAAACCAGUGGCUAAACCUGCUGUCUAAACAAAGGCCCCUGUUAAACCAUAGGUCUAAGACGAUUCAGAUGAGGAUUCAGAUGAUGUUCCUCCUCCCCCCAAGAAAGGAGCAGUCGUUGCUAAACCAACUGUUGCUGCUACAAAACCAGUUGCAAAGGCUCCAGUCAAACCAUAAGUCUAAGAAGAUUCUGAUGAUGACUCAGAUGAUGUUCCUCCUCCCCCCAAGAAACCAGUCUAAUAAACUAAGGCUCCAUAAAAAACUCAAUAAAUUGAAUAAGAAGAUGAGGAUGAAGAGGAUGAAGCUCCUAGAGGAAAAUAAUAAUAACCUUAAAAGCAAGCUCAAUAAGCUUAAUAAGGAUAAUAAGAUCAUGAAGUUUUCGUAAGAGGACUCUCAUUUGAUGCCACCGAAGAUGAUAUCAAAGAAUUUUUCGGUGAAUGUGGAAACAUCAACAGCGUUAACUUGUUGAAAGGACCAAAUGGAUACUCAAAGGGAAUCGCUUUUGUUAGAUUCUCCACUGAGGAUGCUUAAAAUUCAGCUGUUGAAUACAGUGGCUAAGAUCAUAUGGGAAGAACAAUAACUGUUGAGAAGACUAAACCAAGAGAUCAAAGACCAUAAUAAGGAGGAUAAUAAGGAGGAUAAGGAGAAAGCACAACAUGUUUCGUUGGAAACUUGAGUUUCUAUGCUACUGAAGACUCUUUGUAUCCAAUUUUUGAAGACUGUGGAAAGAUCAAGGAAGUAAGAAUUGCUAAAGAUGCAGAAGGAAAGUCAAGAGGAUUUGGAUAUGUUGAAUACUUUGAUAAUGCUUCAGCUCAAAAGGGACUCUCAAAGACCGGAACUGAUGUUGAAGGUAGAGCUAUCAGAGUUGAUCUUGCAAAUUCAUCAUAAAGAAGUGGUGGCGGUAACAGAGGCGAUAGAGGAGGCUUCGGAGGAAGAGGAAGCUUUGGUGGAAGAGGAGAUAGAGGAAGCUUCGGAGGAGGUUUCGGAGGAAGAGGCCGUGGAGGUGACAGAGGAUUCUCAAGAGGAGGCCGAGGAAGAGGCGGUAAUUUGGAUGCUAAUGAUAUUGCUGCUAAAAAAGGAACUAUUGCUGGAUUUGCUGGAAAGAAAAUGGCUCUAUGAUAUUAUUAUAAUAAAUCAUAAAUUUGUAGAAAUUUCUAAUCA